GCAUGAUGGACUCUACCUAGCCUAAAAUGCUGAUCAGCUCUUGGACUCACAGAACAGCUGCACAUUUUUCAAGCCUCCCUACUCCAUCCCGAAGGCUAGCUCAGAUAAGGCGGAGGAAGAACAGGACGCGAGAUGAAAUGUUCUCUGAAAUCAUGGAAGUAACCCGCAAUGAAAGAGCUCAUCUGAAGGAGUGGAAGGACGUGGUAGCAAAGUACAGGAAAGAUGCCAGUGAACAUGAGGAUAGGAGGGACGAACAUGAGGACAGGAGAGAUGCUCAAGAUGAGAGGUGGCGGCAGGAAGAUCAGAGGUGUAGGCAGGAAGAUCAGCGGUGGCGAGAUGCAACGCUGGAGCUGCUGCGUGAUCAAACUGAUAUCCUCCGACGUCUGGUGGAUCUUCAGGAAGAGCAGCGGGGUCACAGAGUGCCGCUGCAGCCCAUGUUUAACCACCCUCAGUACUCACCAUGUUCCAUAUCUUCCUCACCCAGACGUGUAAGAACGCGUGGGGGAAGGCUUUGUGCACCCACCCACUCCACCCCCAUGGACAGUCCAACCAAAAGGCUGUCAUUACAUUGAAAUGUGCUUAAUGGCCUUUUCCUUCCCUCCUAUCCUCCUCCGAAACCACACCCGGGAUACCUUGUUAAUUCUCUUCCUCUUUUUAUAAUUACAUGCUUUUUAAA